AUGACGACUUUCAACGAUAUUUCGUCUACAUUGAAACCGGUCGCGGACUAUUAUUCUGGAAAGUCAUUGUUCAUAACCGGCGGUACAGGAUUUCUUGGCAAGGUUUUAAUAGAGAAAUUAUUGUAUAGCUGUGAAGAAAUUGACAAGAUUUACGUGUUGGUACGAAAUAAAAACGAUCAAGAUGCCAAUAAAAGAAUUGAUGAGAUGUUAUCCAAUACACUUUUUACUAGAUUAAAGGAAAAUAAAGCGGAUUGUUUAAAGAAAUUGGUACCAAUUAUAGGAGAUAUUGCUGAGCCGAACUUAGGAAUGACGCCUAGUGACGAGGAACUCUUAAUUGAGAAGGUUUCUGUUGUAUUCCAUUCGGCUGCUACAGUUAAAUUUAAUGAACCCUUAUCAGAAGCUAUAAAAGUAAAUGUAGAAGGCACAAGGAAAGUACUAGAUCUAUGUCACAGAAUGAAGAAUAUAGAUAUGCUCGUCCACAUUUCAACAUUGUACGCCAACUGCGACAGAAAGGUUAUUGAAGAAGUUAUAUAUCCACCUCCUACAGAUCUUAAUGAAUUGUAUACUUACAUGAAAUCAGAUGCCUACGACGAGAAGUCUGUGUCACAUAUUUUAGCCAACAGACCUAAUACUUACACAUUCACGAAAGCACUGGCCGAGAAUCUGAUAGAGAAGGAACAUGGAGAAAUACCUACUAUCAUAAUCCGACCUUCGAUUGUGGGAUCAGUGAAAAAUGAACCUACACCGGGAUGGUUAGACAACUGGUACGGAGCCACAAGUUUUUUCACGUUCGUCUCAAUGGGCAUCAUUCGCAUCAUACCAGGCAGAGGCGACGGCGUUAUAGACUUGAUUCCAGUUGAUUAUGUAUGUAAUCUCGCCAUUGUAGCGGCUGCGAAAUCUGUAAGAUCAAAUUUAUUACACGUGUACAACUCAUGUACCAGUGAAUGUAAUCCUAUAAAUAUGAAGAAGUUAACUGAUUUGAUCUUAUCUAAUAAUAACUUCUUAAACACCAGUAUACAUUUUACUACUUCAAGAAAGAUUAUGAAGGUAUUAAGUUUUGUACUUGAAUACAUACCAGCUUAUUUUAAGGAUAUUUAUUUAUGGAUGGCAGGUCAGAAACAGAGAGUAGUGAAACUACAUUCCCGUGUGAACCAUCAGCGGGAGAAGUUAGAAUAUUUCGGUUUCAACAAUUGGCAGGCGAAAUAUAAUAAUUCCAAAUCACUCGUCGAUUCGUUAUCGGAAACAGAUAUACAGACGUUCCGAUGUGAUUCUACAGAUAUAAAAUGGAACGAGUAUAUACCAAUAUAUCUUAUGGGAGCGCGUAAAUAUGUAAUGGAAAAAUUAAAUGAAUGA